AUGGCAGGUGAAACUACUCAGCUACCUUCCCCAAGCAACACAGUUGUUGCUGCUACUGUUGUUGGAGCAGUUGUUGAUACCAGUGAUCCUUAUUAUCUCCAUCCUUCUGAUUCACCAGGGAUGAACCUAAUCAGUAUAGUGGUAUUGGAGACAGUGUUAUCUACUCCACCACUUCUAAAGAGUUUUGGAAAAGCCUUGAGCAGCGUUUUGGACUUUUCACUGAAGAGGGUGGUAGCUUUUGAUGAGCUUAGUGAAGGACUUUAUCUCUUACAGUCUGUGGUUUCUAAGUCUAGCUUAAAUGAGUUUAUUUCCAUUCCUGUUUCUUUUUUAGUUGUAGCAAAUGUUGUUUCAGAUCAUCAGAGGGUAUUUGAGUCGACAUUUGUGGGUAGCAGGAGGUGUAUUAUCAAGGAACGGUUUUCAAAGAAAUACAGGCAUCCGACUUUGGACUCAAAGCUCACUCUUAAACGGUUGAAUGCGGAGGCAAGGUGCAUGACAAAAGCUAGACGGCUUGGUGUUCUUACUCCAGUGCUUUAUGCUGUUGACCCUAUUAUGCAUUCUCUCACCUUUGAAUAUAUUGUGAAAGAUAUAUUGCUUGGCUUUGGACUGGUUGGUGUUAACAAAGAACGGAUGUCUGAUAUUGCAACACAGAUUGGUAAUGCUAUUGAAGACAAAGCAGUUGAUUUAUAUGUACUAGAACGUGCUUUAAUCUCUAUGCACUCUUCUUGUGGAAAUGUGAUGGACCAGAUACUUGCUGCAUAUAGGAAGUCCUCUAAGCAGUGGUCAUCAACUUUGAACAAGCUAGCCGAAGUGAGGCUAAGAGGAAGAAAGCGCAAAAUGGUUGGUUGACUUCUCCAAGUAUGCAGACUCCACGUUGAGUGUAAAGAUCAGAUGCCAUGGCUCAUUGAGAAGAUUUAUCUGUAUUUGUUGCAGUCUUGAUUAUUAUCAGUGUGACUGAUGGUACCUAUUUGAGUUUAUGUGUCUACAACUCUCUGUAUUCUUAUUCAACUCUAUAGCCAUCAGUUGAACCGACGAUACAUGUCCUAAAUCCGCCCCUGAUUCGUGCUUGGGCUCCUCCUGUCCACAAAUGCAGUUUUAAAGUUUUAUUUUCACCAAUUGCGAAACAAUGAAUCAAGCAUGGAAUAUUGACAAACUUACAUCAGAAUGUCUUAUUUCACUGUUUCUACAACAACAUACCCAGUGAGAUUUCAAUUUCAACAAGCGGGAUCUGUGGAGGGUAGAGUUUAUACAAAAGGACCCUCCGCUCAAGUGCUAAAUAGUUAUGACAGAGAAAAAAAUGAUAUGUUUUUGAAUUUUGAGAAACUCUUCCAAGACAUCUGACAGGGUGGCAAAUAAUGAAAUUCAUAGGGCAUGU